ACGUCUCCAGCUCUGGUGCCACCCAACGGUUCAUAUGAUGCGGCGCCCAGAUGCCAGGGAUGUAGUACAGCGGGCCUCCAAUGGUGAGCAUGCACAACCCGAUGAUGGCUACGAUGAAUCCGCCGGUGAUGCAGCCCGGACAGUUCAAUGGAAUGGUGACAGCCGCAAUGCAUUAGUCUCCAACGAUGCAGCAGCACAUGAUGCCUGGAGGUAGCGCGUCUCCCGUUGCAGACGGACAUGGCGGCCAGGGAUGAUACAAGAACUAUGGCUCCUCCGCCCGCUUCACCCGCGACGCCCUCGCGUGCUCAGAAGUAGGAAGAGGGGGUCAACUCGUGGCCGUAGAACGCAUCUGGGACUUGGCAAAUGGCCGCAUCAUCGCCGUCGCAGGUCGUCCAGCUGGUCGAUGCCGUAGAUGUCGAACCAUCACCGCCACGGCCGCGACCAACGGAAACGGCCCUGGCGGAUGCGGUGGAUCUGAACACGCUCAAAGUCGAUUUUCCGUUCGACGAUGUAACAAGUAGGCUCAUGGGGAUGCGAGCCUGAACUUCGAGCGCGACUUUGCGGCCCGGUUCGACUCCGAGAACGCGUGAACUCGCAGGCGGUGCGGAGAGCGCCGGCAAUGCGGCGCCGCGUUGCCGGCGUCUCGGCUCACAGUACUUACUUGCUGAUCAUCCACCUCCUGUGGCGAGGGAGUAUCCUCUCAAUCCUUUGCCAGCUUCAGGCCGAAAACGCUGCCGUGACUGGAGCUGCCAUCACACAUUCACCAACAAACCGGUGCUCCUAGCGGCCCAAAUCAAGGAUCUCCCGACGUAACCACCACCGACCUUCGACCGACCGCUCAACCACUCAACCCCCGUCCGUCGUUCGUUUGCCACUACCCGUCUGCAACGAACCGGGACGGAUACACAAAGAAACAGCUCGCACCCCUUCCCAUCGACGAGUCAGGAAUGGGAACGUGCUGGCAUCUCCUCAGCAACGAACUGUUCUCUUCCCGGAUUCCCGGGGCUCCCCCCACGGAGGCUGAGCGGAGCGACUUCAAGUCGCCCAGACUCAGGAAGGGCAUGCUCGAGAAGGAGAUCUACCCGGAAUUGGGGAAGGUCAUCGAGUCGGUACUGGACGCAGCUGGAUGCGAGGACCUGCUUUUCCUGGCGACCACGAACCACAAGGCGAACGACGGGAAUAGCGGGCGGAAGGAGACGUUCAACGACGCAGGUAUCUACCUGAACACAUCACUUGCGCGCAAUGCGACGACGUUCACGGCGGAGCACCGGAAGGGAAGCAAGAUGAGCGAGAAGGAGUUGGAGACUCGACUGCUGGGACUGCGGUCGUGGCACUGGAUGGACGUCCCGAUAGAAGUGAAAGGGACGGAGAGCGAGUCCGCGUUUUACUUCAGGUCGAAGGCGAGAGGGAUGCGGCCCGAAGGCGUGAAGGAAGCAAGGGAGGUUGUAGAGAAGGCGGAGGAGGAGGCCGACGAUGAGGUCAAGACUGGCGACGGCAAUAGGGACGGGGUGGAGGACGUCGGAGACGGGAUCGAUGCCGACGAAGAUGAGGAUGAGGAGGACAUCGAAGAUCAUAGUGAGGUGGAAGUCGACGAAGAAGACGGCGACGACGACGAUGACGACGACGACGAAGAUGCUGACGACUCCCAGGCAAGGGAUGCGGACUCAAGCAUGACUCAGGCGGAAUCCACCGACGCGCCUCAGCCAGAGACCGUGAAGAAGCACGUGCCGCCGUUCAUCAAGCUGUCCGGUAACGGCGGGAAAGCCUUGGGUCGGUUCAUCGAGUACAUGCUUAACGUAUUCAAGUACCAGCACCGCACCUUCUGCUACGCCGUCUACGUGUGCUACGACAUGGCCCGCCUCCUCUUCUUCGACCGGUCUGGUGUCCACGUCUCGGAGCCAUUCAGCUGGGUGGAAACGACAUCGCUUCUGCAUGAGUUCGUCUGGAAGCUUGCGAAGCUCGCAAAUGCGAAAUCCUUCGAAGAUUUGGGGCGCGACACCACAGCCAAUGUGGUCGACGAAGAGACACGGAGGAGAUUCCUCGACGAGGCAACCAACGCCGAACUGCCCUCUUACGUCCGGGAGGGUCUCGAGAAAGCGGCGAAGGGGAACUGUCCAUUAUAUGAGCUCGAGAUCGAGUAUAUGCCUCCGUCGCCCGAGGAGUGGUUCCCCGAUGAACCAUUCCCUGAUGAGCCACUUCCCUCACCAUCUGCACGGACCGCUCCCUCCUCGUCGACGAGCUCCGCCUCCCCGUCCUCCAGCAAGAGCAAAGCUGAUCCUCCGAUCCGCAAGUUCAUCGUUGGUCGCCCACACUUUUCCGCGGACGCCCUCGUCGGUCGGUGCACGAAGGGCUUCAUGGCCUUCGACGUCACUGAUAAGAAUAACUGGGUCCCUUGCUUCGUGAAGGACUCUUGGCGUCCGUAUGUUCCCGGUCGCACACGGCCGGAACACUUGGUCUACGAGCGGCUUCGACGAAAGGGCGUGAAGCCUAAGGACGGGAUCGCGACGUUGAUCUGCGGCGGCGACGUCGGGGGCAGUAAUGCUCAGUGCACUCAGGUUCAAGAGGAUCUGCCCUCUGGGAACAGACCGGCUCCCCGCCGUCAUUAUCGGGUUGCUAUUGCGGAGAUAUGUUUGCCCGUCUCGAAGUUCCGGACUUUCGGAGAACUCUCCGGGAUUUUUGCGGAUACGCUGAGAGCUCAUCGCAAAGCGUGGGAUCGCUCGGGCGUCCUUCACCGUGACAUCAGCGUGGGCAACAUCAUGAUUCGCGUUGAAAGCAACGGGGGGUGGACCGGGAUUCUCAUCGACUGGGAUCUGUCCAAAUUACAAUGCGAGCUUGGGCUAGGUGCAGUGGAGCCUAGCAGGACGGGGACUUGGCAGUUCAUGUCGGCCAUGUCUCUUAGAUACCCUAGGAAACCAUACCGUCGGUCGGAUGACAUUGAGUCCUUCAUCCACUGCUACAUUUAUCUCGUGUUCCGCUAUCACCCUACGGACGUUGGCCUUCGGGAGAAGAUCGAGAGCCUCUUCGAAGGUUGCCUCAUAGUUGGUGGCGUCAUGAUUGGCGGAAACGCCAAGCGCGCAAUGCUCCGCAGUGGUCACUUAGGCGCUGUGGUCAAACGCAACCCACGACUUCAACGACUCCUGGACGACAUUCUGUGGCACUGCAAGUCAUGCUACGAUAUGAUCGAUUACGUGGAGAUGGACCGUUUGUACGGUCCUAUCGAGGACACUGAACAAAGUCAACCCGAAACAGAGGAAGAUGUUCUUACGUCGGCUGACCAAGGACCAAGGCGCACGACGGCUCUCCGACACUCUAGCGACGAAGGGUCAUCUGCCGAAGAUUUAGAUGAGGACCCUAUCCGCACCAUGUCGCGUCAGCGGCAAGAAGCCCGGGCGUUGUCCCACGAACUAUUCGAGAUGGGACCAUUCCUAUCCAACCCGAAGAUGCUCAUGAAUCUGCUACUCAAACACGCUGAGACGACGUUUAGCCACCGCGAUAAGGCGCCUGAUCAGUUCUCCCUUAGGCAGCAUCAGGAAGUCUAUCGAGCCCCAGACCCUCCGGCCUUGCGCGGUAUCGGUAGCAUGUCUGCUGGUGGAACAACUCUGUCGGGACGCAUGUCCCAGGACAAUCGUUAUGCGUUGUCUCAUGACAAGCUCACGACGACUCGUCGACCGGGAAUCGUCGGGAUACCAUCGUCCUACAGCUCAUCAAGGAAACGAGCACACGUUGAGAAACAGGAUGACAACCUGGCAGACGACGAAGGAGAUGGUUCUCCCGCUGUGCGUCGUAGCAAGCGUUUCAAGACCGCUAAGGGGAAAGCGCCCUCAGUACAAAGUGGCACGGCCAAACGUCGUUGAUUCUGCCUUCCGCCUCUCGUGCUGUUGAGUAGGACCGUCGUUCUCCGCUCCCUCGUCUACUCGUCUUCUCUUGUCGUUUUUCGCCGUCCGCCGUCUCCCUACCUCACCCAUCUGCCAUGCAAUGCUGUAUCGCGUACCGCUUAGCUUUGCCAUGUAUCAU